AUGGCUUCAUUACUACGCAUGAAGGCCGCUACAGGCCUCUCCGGUCUAUCAAGAGCUGCUGUCUCGCGAGUCCAGAUCGGCGCUCUCUCCCACAGCGCAACCCUCUGCCAGCGCGGCGCCAUCGACCCUCAACGACGUCUCUUCAACAACUCUGGCUUCCUCAAUGGCUCAUAUAUUGUCUCUGUGCCUCCCAUGGCCGAGUCUAUCACCGAAGGUACACUGUCUAGCUUGGCCAAGAAGGUUGGCGAGCAGGUUGAGCAGGACGAAGAGAUCGCCAGCAUCGAGACUGACAAGAUCGACGUUAUUGUCAACGCGAACGAACCCGGAUCCAUUGCCGAAUACUUUGCCGAGGAGGGCGAUACCGUUGUCGUUGGACAAGAUCUUGCGCGUAUCGUGACUGGCGAGGAUGCUGCUUCCGUUAAGAAGCCUGAGGGCGAGGAGUCAAAACCUGCCAAGGAGGAGCCUAAGAAGGAGGAAUCCAAGCCUUCCGAGGAGCCCGCCAAGGCUGAGGAGAAGAAGUCUUCUCCUGCUGAGGAACCUCCUAAGCCCUCAAAGCCUGCCGAGUCCAAGCCUGCGCCCAAGGAGACCAAGGCCGCUGCUCCUGCCCAGACCUCAGGUGCCCCCAACCGAGGCGAGCGAGUUGAGAAAAUGUCUCGUAUGCGACGAACCAUUGCCGGCCGUCUCAAGCAAUCCCAGAACACUACCGCUUCCCUCACCACCAUCCAAGAAGUCGACAUGUCCAACCUGAUCGCCUGGCGAGCCAAGUACAAGGAGGAGGUCGCUGAGGAGCACGGCGUGCGCUUGGGAUACAUGGGCGCUUUCACAAAGGCUACCACCAUGGCUGCCCAGAAGGUUCCUCAGAUCAACGCCCAGAUCGACACUGAGAAGGAGAUCAUCACAUACCACGAUUACGUCGAUGUCAGCAUUGCUGUCUCAGCACCCAAGGGUCUUGUCACCCCCGUUCUGAGAAACACUGAGUCCAUGAGCAUUGUCGAGCUAGAACGCGCGGUUGCUGCUGCUGCUAAGAAGGCUCGCGAUGGUAAGCUUACCAUGGAGGAUAUGGAGGGCGGUAGCUUCUCCAUCAGCAAUCCUGGUAUCUUCGGUUCCAUGUUCGGAACCCCCGUCAUCAACUACCCCCAGGCUGCUGUCUUCAACAUGAACGGUAUUCGCCAAGAGGUUGUCGCUAUCAACGGCGAGGCUGUUAUUCGACCUAUGAUGUACAUCAGCUUGACUUACGACCACCGUCUCAUCGACGGCAGAGAGGCUUCUGCUUUCUUGAACACCGUCAAGAAGUUCAUUGAGGAUCCUUCUCGCAUGCUCCUUGCUUAA